AUGCCCCACACCAGUCGCAAAAAGCCCCCUCAUCACCAACACAAGCGCCUCCAAGUGACCGACACCAGCGGCUGGACACACGUUAGCACGAGCGGGAAAACCGCGCGACAAGUUCUGCGCACCACCACCCACCAACAAGACGAUCCGACGCAACCGGGAUCAUUCGUGCCCGCGGAGGCCCCCUCCAAAUUGACCGCGGAGGACCUGCGACGGCAAUUCGAGGGCUAUCGACAGCGGUGGGAGAGCUCGGAUGCCUGUAAGGUGUCCGAGUGGGUUUCUGAGAGGCGGGUGGGUGGAUCGGAGAAGUGUGUCGAUGUAUCAGCUUGCUGGGUUGAUGAGCGCGGUGGAUUGGAUGAGUGUGUUCUCCCUCCUCUUCCUACUCCUCCCCUGGCCACAAUUUCAAAGGGCUGGGUGAUUCUACCUAACGUUCACAUGAGAGCUAACAUGGAUCCCGUGUUCAAUGAACUGGAUAAAUCCCUCCUCGCGUCCCUGGACAUAACCGUUCUCGAGCAUCCUCACGCCUUCGAAAAGGUCACACCCGCUACCUUCCUCUACUGUCCUGGCGCGGAACAAGCGCACCUGUCACAACUGCUCGCUUUGAACCCGAAGUCCUUGUUCGGUGGUCCGCUGGAAGAAUUCGAUUCCGAAGCGGUCAGACAGUAUGUAGAGACGAGGGGGUCGGUGCGACUACCGCGGUUCCAGGAACAAGAGCAUGCGUUUUGGAAUAUGCAGAUCUAUUAUCCCGAGGAUACGGGGGAGGAUGACGACUAG